AAGCUGAUGGACAGGUUUGACUUUGGGGAAGAAUCUGAACAAAAUGAAGAGCCUAAAAAGGAAACUCCCACUUCCCAACUGCCCUUAGUACCAGAAUCUGUGAACAACUCACUUUUUCACCAACUAGCUGAACAGUUACAGCAACAAAAUUUAGAACAUCUCAGACAACAGCUUCUGGAGCAACAGCAGCCUCAAAAGGCAAGCCCUGAGGAGAAUCAAGAAGGAAAUUUUGGUUCAGAGCACUCUGCCUCACCAUCACAAGGGAGUAGUCAGCAGCAGUUUUUAGAAGUGGAAACAAAUGUAGAUGAUUCAAUGGAUAUUCAACAGCAGGACAUGGAUAUUGAUGAAGGACAGGAUGUUGCUGAAGAAGAAACUUUUGAACAGGAAGAAAAGAAAUCAGCUGUUCGUUCAAGAUCAAGAACUCGUUCAAGAUCUCGUUCAAGGUCACCAAGAAAACGAAGGUCUCGAUCACGGUCUGGUUCUCGUAAACGUAAACACAGAAAACGUUCACGCUCAAGAUCAAGAGAAAGAAAGAGGAAGUCAUCUCGGUCAUAUUCCAGUGAAAGAAGGGCUAGAGAAAGGGAAAAAGAACGUCAGAAAAAGGGAUUGCCUCCUAUACGUUCAAAAACACUAAGUGUUUGCAGUACUACUCUUUGGGUGGGUCAAGUAGACAAGAAGGCAACACAGCAAGAUUUAACUAACUUGUUUGAAGAAUUUGGACAAAUAGAGUCAAUUAAUAUGAUUCCCCCAAGAGGUUGUGCUUAUGUUUGUAUGGUUCAUAGACAAGAUGCCUAUCGUGCUCUUCAGAAACUUAGUUCUGGGUCCUAUAAAAUUGGUUCUAAAAUUAUUAAGAUUGCCUGGGCUUUGAAUAAAGGUGUAAAAACAGAAUACAAGCAAUUCUGGGAUGUGGAUCUGGGAGUUUCGUAUAUUCCUUGGGAGAAAGUAAAAUUGGAUGAUUUGGAGGGCUUUGCUGAAGGUGGCAUGAUUGACCAGGAAACAGUAAAUACAG